AUGGACACCGCCUAUGUCGAGACGACACCUAUAGAACCACAUAUGUCAAACGCUGCUAUUAUGGUGGCUAAGUUCAUGUUGAUAUCCAAAAUGGAUCCAAUCAAGUACAUUUUUGAAAAACCCGCUCUCACAGGGCGAAUUGCUCGAUGGCAAGUGAUGUUAUCAGAAUAUGAUAUUUCCUAUGUUACUCAGAAAACCAUCAAUGGGAGUGCCUUAGCAGAUUAUCUAGCUAAUCAACAUGUGGAUGAUUAUAAGUCAAUGCAAUGCGAAUUCCUAGACGAAAACAUCAUGGUUUUUUCUGAAGAAUGUGAUGAUGGAAAAUGGACCUUGUUGCUCGAUGGGACCUCAAACAUAAUGGGGCAUGGGAUUGGGGUUGUUUUAAUAUCUCCCAAAAAAAAGUUCAUACCUAUCACAACGCGCUUGUGUUUUGAUUGUACCACUAAUAUGGCAGAAUAUGAAGCUUGUGCCAUGGGAAUUUUGGCAACUUUGGAAUCAAAAAUAAAAGUUUUAGAAGUAUACGGAGAUCCAGCCCUAAUCAUUAAUCAGCUUAACCAAGAAUGA